AUGCUCCCGCAUAUGUUCUGGGGCAUUAGCGACGUUGCCCAGUACAUCGACGUCCUCUUUGCCGGGAACAUUUAUUCAGGCAACGACAACUAUAUGUACUGGAGCGGAAUUGUCCCCAAUUCUUAUGUAACCAUAUCGCAGUAUCCUCCGAGCGCCGCGUCUCGGUGGGUUCUCAACUCGUUCCUCCCUGAUGUCAGAGGAACCGAGUCGUUUGUCAUUGUCUUCGCCCUGGGGACCUUCCUCAUCCUCCUCCUCGUCACAAUCAGCCUCCACUGCUGCGAGCUGAAGCGCGACAAGCAGCUAGAAAGACAGUACUCCCACAGUCUCUACCGAUCAGAGCUUUAG